UAUCAAUCUCGAUUACCGUACCUCACUACCCAAGGCUAUUUCUCACAAUUCAUCUCUUGUCAGUCAUGCGCCCAUCUCACUAAUCUCACUGUAGCCCUGUUAAACAAAAAUUAACAAGGAAAAGUAGAAGCAUUUGAUUCCUCUCUUACUUUUAACCAAUUUUAGCGUAGAGUUAACUUCAAGUUUUUUGCAUCCAUAAUAUAAUAGGACUACUUACUAACUUUUCUCUCUAUCCCUCUGUAUAUUUGUCUGCCCUGUUGUUUCACUAAAGGAAAAUGUGAGCUUUUUGUCUCCCUUGUGUUUGGCCUGUAUUAAAAUGUUCAAAUUGUAAACUUGGAAAAUAAUUUGGAAGAACCAUGAGAAGGAAUUUGGUCAUAUUUUUCCUCAUUGUCUGUCUUCUACUUCUUGAAUUUUCUUCAGCCUCAGCAAACCCUGCAGCAAAGAUCGUUGGUGGGAUUGUUGCUAAUGUUGCUUCUGCGCUAUUUAAGUGGGCAUGGUCACUAAAAUCGACGACAAAAACAGCUGUUUCGAGCCGUUCAAUGAUUAAGUUUGAGAGUGGAUACAUUGUUGAAACUGUGUUUGAUGGAAGCAAGUUGGGAAUUGAACCUUAUUCAGCGGAAGUUUCUUCAACUGGAGAGGUUCUCAUUUUGGACUCUGAGAAUAGUAAUAUUUACAGGGUUUCAACACCAUUGUCUCGAUAUAGCCAUCCAAAAUUGGUUGCUGGAUCUCCUGAAGGGUACUCUGGGCAUGUGGAUGGAAGGCUACGAGAAGCAAGGAUGGAUCAUCCUAAAGGACUUGCCAUGGAUGAUCAAGGAAAUAUAUAUGUUGCAGAUACCAUGAAUAUGGCAAUCAGAAAAAUCAGUGACGCUGGAGUUGUGACUAUUGCUGGAGGGAAGUCGGCCCGGGGUGGAGGUCAUCUUGAUGGGCCAAGUGAAGAUGCAAAAUUUUCCGACGACUUUGAUGUGGUUUUCGUAGGAAGCAGCUGCUCACUAUUAGUUGUAGACAGAGGAAACCAGGCAAUUAGAGAGAUUCAGCUCAAUGAUGAUGACUGUUCUUCACACCAGUAUGACGACAACAAUCUCCAACUUGGUGUCGCACUGCUUUGUGCUGCUGCAUUUUUCGGUUACAUGCUGGCCUUGUUACAACGUAGAAUUGGAGCCCUUUUUUCAUCAAACAGUAACGAUCAGCGGGCUCCUGUCAGGGGCAUGCAACAUGCACCAUAUCAGAGAAAUAUGAAGUCGGUGAGGCAACCCUUAAUUCCGACAGAAGAUGAAUAUGAGAAACAGGACGAAAACCUGUUUCUAUCGCUGGGAAGGCUUGUUAUGAACACAGGUUCAACUGUGGUUGAAAUAUUUGGAGGAAUGUUCUCGGGUUUUAGAAAGAACCCUAAUUACCCCCAUCAUGUCCAGCAGCAUUACCAUAAUUACCCUCACAAACAAUCAAGUGCAUGGCCAAUGCAAGAAAGCUAUGUGAUUCGAGAUGAAGAUGAGGCCCCACCCCUAGAUACCAGAGACCCUACACCCCGAAAAAACUAUCCAGUCAUGAACAAAGACCCGGAGAAAGCACGACAUAUGAGACAAAGUCAAUCGCAUUAUGGGCAUAGCAAUUUUCAGCAACAUCAACAACAGUAUCUGCCACAAGUAUAUCAGCAUCACGACAAGCACCAGUCAACAAGUCCUCAGACAUACUACGAGCAAAGCUGCGAAACAAACGAGAUUGUGUUUGGAGCAGUUCAAGAACAGGAUGGGCGACGUGAAACAAUGGUGAUAAAGGCCGUUGAUUAUGGGGAUCCUGCUUAUAAUAAUCACAACGUUCGAUCCAGGUACAACUACAGCAUGGGUUACUCGUAUGGAUAUUGAAUAAAAUUACAUAAUGCUAAUGGAAAUAGCUAUACCACUAAGGAAAGCAUCAACUUGGACUCUGUCUGGAUUUCUCUUGUUGUAUCUUUCACAGCGAAAUGGAUAUGAUAAUAGGAAGUAGCUCAAAGAAAGUGAUAAAAAUUGUCUGUUUCAUUUGUCAAGCUCUUAUAGUGAAUGUUUUUGUCA